GGACACAGCUCGUAUUCGGAUAACUGUGACAACUCAGAAAAGAUUUUUACUGCGCGUUUUUGGGGAAUUUAUUGUGAAUUUUUUCCACAACCAUGGCUCCUAUUCUGCUGAACUGUAUGGGGAAUGAGCACAAGGACUAUAUCAAGGAACCAGUUCAUGUGAAAAAUCCCAAUCUGUUUACAAUGGAGGAGGACAUCCUCUACCACUUUAGCCUGGGCACCAAGACUCACAACCUUCCGGAAAUGUUUGGAGAUAUCAAGUUUGUGUGCGUUGGUGGUAGUGCAAACCGCAUGAAGGCGUUUGCACAGUUUAUUCAUCAAGAACUGUCUCUGCCCGGAAACCCCAAUGACAUCCAAGAUAUUUGUGAGGGAACUGACCGCUACUGCAUGUACAAAGUUGGGCCGGUUCUUUCCAUAAGUCAUGGAAUGGGGGUCCCCUCCAUCUCCAUUAUGCUACACGAGCUGAUCAAACUUCUCCAUCACGCCCAGUGCCGUGACGUUGUGCUUUUCCGCCUCGGUACUUCAGGAGGAGUUGGCCUUCCAGCAGGGACGGUGGUCAUCACGGACAAGGCUGUGGACUACUCGUUCCAGGCCAAGUUUGAGCAGGUGGUUCUAGGUAAAGUCAUCACCAGGAGCACAGAGCUGGACGAGGGAGUGUCCAAUGAGCUGCUCCAAUACUCCACAGAGAUCCCCAACCUGCCCACUGUCAUCGGGAACACCAUGUGCACCCAUGACUUUUACGAAGGUCAGGGCAGACUAGAUGGCGCUCUCUGCUCCUUCUCCCAUGAAGAAAAAUUGGAAUACCUGAGAAAAGCUUACGAGGCUGGAGUGCGGAAUAUCGAGAUGGAAUCCACAGUGUUUGCUGCGAUGUGCCGAGUCUGCGGUCUCAAAGCGGCUGUGAUUUGCGUGACGUUGUUGAACCGUUUUGAAGGAGACCAGAUCACAGCUUCUCAUGAUGUUCUUGUGGAGUAUCAGCAGAGGCCACAGAUUCUAGUCUCCUACUUUAUCAAGAAACGCCUUGGACUUAUCGCCUAAUUUAUUCUCAUUCUGGAUUGUGAAUAUGUAAAUAGAAUGUACUUAGUUUGUCUAUAUAUAGUCCACACUUAUUUAAACUUUUGUUAGAUUAAUUAUUGUGUCGAUACUUAAGUAUUGCUAUUCACUUUUUUGUAUAGUUUGUUGCAGUGAAAGACUUUGGUGCUACUGUACAGAAGUGAUCAAGGAGAUAAACAUUAACUGUGUUCAUGCUUUUGAAUUGCUGUAUAAAAAGUAAAUAAACUACAGAUAAAUGACUUGUUUGUCAAGCUGUAUAGGUUGAAGUGCAUAUGAUUAAUACUUUGUACGGUGGGAUAGACUCUGUGGUAAAUAUAGUUUUAGUGGCAGUUUAUGAAGAAAGGUAGAAGAAAGUGGAAAAUUACAGGAGUUUUAAAAAUAAACAAAAAUCUAUCCAAAAUGCAGUUAUAACAUUCAUUUAAGAAAAUAAGGGUGUCAUAUAUUUUUAUUUGUUGUGGAAAAUUGUUAUACAAGCUUUGCCCCUUGUCUACUGUAUGGUUGCUAGGUGACAGUUGGAAUUGUCUCUAGGUUCCAGUAUACUAAGUUUUUAAUUAUUUUAAAUGGGUAAUGUUUCAUGUUGCAUUUUAAGCAUCAUGUUUCCACAUUGAGCGGGUUUUAUGUGUUAUUUAUCAUAAUGUAUCAGAUGAAGUUCUCACCAAUAGGCCAAGUUACGGGUCAGAUCUGUGGAGAGGCAAGCCUGCUUAAUGUCAACACGCAUGUUUUUCAAGUAAAAAAAAAAUCAUGUAAUGUAAUGUAUUGUCUGAAAUGUUUUGCAAUGGCGUUUUAACUACACAAAUGGUGAUAUAAACAGAAAUCAGAUUGCAUGCAGGUCAAAGGUUGAUCAGAAUAUUUUUUAAUAAUGUUGUGCAUCUGAAGUAUAAAUUAUAUCUUUAUCAACAUUUU